AUGGGCGGAGGAGGAAAGAUCCCGUACCCCAAGCACGUCUGGUCGCCCGCUGGUGGUUGGUAUGCGCAACCUGCCAACUGGAAGGGCAACACAGCCGUCGUUGGCCUCGUCCUCGUCAGCAUCGUCGGCAUGGCCUGGUCCGUUUCUGCACAACGCGAGUACCGCGACAAGAUGCCGGAGCAGGGCAGGUUCUUCCCCAGUCGAUACUGGAGCAGACAGAUCGUCGAGCAUGAGAAGAAGCUGAAGGAGUAG